AUGGCCGACGAACCUGAAGACUUGUCCAAUACACCAGAGCCCAUGCAGCCUGAGCGGAAAUCUACUUCUCAUGAGACAAGCGAUACUCCCUCCGAACCUCCUGUUACUCGUGUCACCUCCCAAACACAUCAAGGACAAGAGAACCUCUCAAGUAUAGCCGAAGAUUCCCUACCUCUUCCUUUACCAAAUCCCAAAAGGUUUUCCAUUCUGGGUUUCAGACAUGCCUCAGAUCCGCAGCUCUCGACCAGGUUUAGAAAUGAGGAAUCCACCGCUUCUAGCAAUAACAAUCCCGCCCCACCUAAAAUCAUCACCACCGCACCUACUACAAGUGAACUCGACGCCGCAAUCCCAAAGCCCGCGAAGCGAAAACUAUUCGCUCGUGCCUCAAGCCCUUUCAGGAAGACUCAGGUUAUCAGAGAAGAAACGACUGAGCCUGCGAUGGAGGGGCGUAUAUCUCGUGGAAACGGAUCGGCCUUGUCCAAUGUGCUGCGCGAAAACACUUCCUUUGAACGCCUACCGCGGAACAAGCUAGUUCAUGGCAUAGUUGCACCGCCUGCCUAUGGCGACGAAUCCUCUUCAUCACUAGCAUUACCUGUCACACGGUUGUCUGAUUCUUCACGCUCAGACGAUAGCUCCGGCGAGCAUCACGUUUACGCAAAAACCACCACCACCCACACAAUCUCUACCACCACCACAUUCUUCAAGUUGAAGAGACGGAAGAAGGACAAGGGCCCGCUAUUUCCCUUGCCAGAGAAGUUUCCUCAUCCAGCUUCAGCCCGGACAAGCACCUCCCACACCCCUCAAGAGCGUGCGUCCGGAAGAAAAUCUAUGUCUCCGAGUAGGAGAUCUGGGGCCGCCAUCAGAUUCGAUACAGAGCCGAGCAGGCAAGACUCUGCUGAACCGUCACCCACCCACUCUGCAACCGCGCUCACGAACGCUCCCUUCGGCUCCCCUGGACCUACUGUUGUGCGUCAGGACUCGACCUGGUCCAAUCAUUCUGGCCAAUCAACACCUUCGGUGACUCUAAUUCCACCCCGACUUGGUGCGAGGGGACGAUCAUCUACCAUGAGCUCUCUUGGGAGGUCAGCCGAGAAGUUGCUUGACCCUGUGCCGCAAUCUACAGGCUCGGCCAGAACAUCUACCUCGACAACCGGGAGACGAAGCUUUGGGGAUUUGCUGUCUUUACCUCAUCGCUUACGACAAAACUCCGCACCUCCAGCACGCCAUGGUAACGGUGCGAGUCCGAGUACUCCAGGCUCGAAAGCCAACUCCUUGCAAAUUCCUCGAGAGCCAGAACCCGAGCGAGAGUACCCUAAACGAGAGGAUGGUGAUACUCCUGCAAGUUAUUUAGAAAAACUCGAGGCUGCCGUACCGAGAGGUUCCAUGGCAACUAUCCUGUGUAAAAGCGCGGAUGAUUUCUGCAAGACUUGCUUGCGUAAGUAUAUGCGUGGAUUCUCUUAUUUUGGGGAUUCCAUUGACAUGGCUAUUCGCAAGAUGUUGAUGGAGGUGGAGCUACCAAAAGAAACGCAGCAGAUUGAUCGGUUACUUGCAGGGUUUGCAGAUCGGUAUUAUGAAUGCAAUCCCGGCAUCUUAGCAUCGACCGAUGAGGCGUCGUAUAUAGCCUUCUCCAUUCUUCUAUUGCAUUCCGACGCUCACAAUAAGAACAACAAACGAAAGAUGCAAAAACACGACUAUGUCAAGAAUACUCAACAGGGUCAAGUGCAAAUUUCAGGCGACAUCCUAGAAUGCUUCUUUGACAACAUUUGCUACACUCCAUUUAUUCAUUUUGAGGAUGAGGUUGCUAUCAACAGUCAUCGCUUGGCAGCUCCGAAACCGAAGAAGAGUCUUAUCAAGACGAGGAGCAUCGAGAGUUUUAGUGGACCCGUUGAUCCAUACACGCUCAUCUUGGACAAUAGAUUGGACGUCCUGCGGCCUUCACUGAAAGAUGUCAUGGAUACUGAGGACCACUAUAGCUCUACAGGAACUUUGGGAGCUUUUGACACCACUGAAGUUGCCAGGGCAUUUUCCAAUUCGGCGGUUCUGCAGAUUGUAUCUGCUCGGUCUAGGCCGGACGCAUUUCUGUCGCAAGCUACAAUCAGCAAUCCAGGUGAAGCUCAGGCUGGAAUUGUCAGCAUCAAAGUCGCCAAAGUCGGCUUGCUGUGGCGUAAAGAUCCAAAGAAGAAAAAAGCAAAGCGACCUUGGCAGGAAUGGGGAGCCAUUCUCACCGAUUCGAAGCUUUACUUCUUCAAAGAUGUUGGAUGGGUCAAGAAGCUAAUUGGACAGUAUGACAGUCACAUCAAAUCUACCGCCAAAGCCAAUUCGUUGGUAUUCAAACCGCCAUUGCCCUCGUUUGACCCUGAUGCAUUGAUGUCGAUGGACGAUUCUGUCACCCUCAUGGAUUCCAGUUAUAAGAAACACAAGAACGCUUUUGUCUUCAUCAAACACGGUGGGUUCGAAGAGGUGUUUCUGGCCAACAGUGAACAAGAAAUGAAUGACUGGAUAGCCAAAUUGAACUAUUCUGCCACUUUUCGGACAGCUGGAGUGAGGAUGCGUGGCGCUCUGGGAUCUGCCUACGAGCCACGGCAUCUUCUUCGCAAAAAUUCCGACAUCUCCACAAAGAGUGGUGAGACCAUCCAGCGAGAGAGAAGACCUGAUCCUCAGAUGGCGUGGGAAAUCAUGUUCUAUCGACGACAGCUGAUCAACGAAAAGAUCAGCGACUUUGAUGAAAAGAUCGCCGUGGCUCAGAAAGAACUCGAUCAUUUGUUACGAAACGCUCGACAUCUGCUCAUCCUCCUUCCAAUACAGCAGAAGACUCGUGAAGGUCUUGUCCUCGGAGCGGGCCGCAUGUCAGCCAAGCUGAAAUGGACCAGAAUUGAGCUUUGGCGAACGCGAACACACCGUGAUAUUUUGAGCAAAGAUCUUGAUCAAGAAGACGUGACGGCCUUCCCAGCUCCGCGGACCUCAGCCACAUCAACUCCCCAGAAGACAACCCCGCUUAAGACUGGGCAGACGUUGGGUAGAACAGUGACUGAUGCUAGCCAUUUGACGCUUUCGCCAAUAAGUGCGACAUCGUCACGACCAUCAUAUCUGCUUGAGAAAUCAAAGACUGGAGAAACUGGAGAAGGCCGAACGGGCCCAAUUAACGCACUAGACCUCCACGCUGCUGGCAGUGCUUCCACUUCCGGAGAACUACAGUCAACGCUAGGUAGUACCCAAGAUCCCAGAUCAGUGGUUCGUCAAACCUCCAUCGUUAGCUCUCUUCACAGUCGUGAGAACAGUCGACAUGCGAGAACGAACGAUGAAGCUGAGCAACUGAUCCUUCGUGAGGCAGGGUUGAUUGGUAUUGAUGGUAACGUUCCAAAAGAGCGGCGACCCGGGACGAGUGAGUCUGAUCGAGACCAAAUAGGCGCGGCACCGUCACCAGAAGUUCCAAAGGGUGGCAGUGUCAGACGCCUUCAUCGAAGUUUACGGGAGGGGCAUUUACCACAUGGAGUACAUCACCACUCGCCGAGUAUCCAUCGCCAUAAGAAAGGUAGAGAUUCCGGUUCAAGUAUCGCUCCUACAGAAGAUGGUAGCCAUUCAGUUAAUACCGAGUCAGAUGAACUAAAGCGAGGCACCGGAAGUUUCAUCUUGCACGGGAAAAAAGCGAGCGUGAUCACAAUGUCGUCGGACUGGCAAUCGGUCGCAAGCGAGGAGAGGAUGAAGUUGAGAAAGGUCGUCCAGGGCGACGAUAGCAAAGAACGACCUGACACAAUCCCAGACGAAGAUGCUGUCGAGACAGCAAGUAACAUGUCGAGACAGAGCGAGGAGUUUUACAACUCCACGGCGUCGAACAACCGGCAAAGUGUUGCAACAACUGCCGGGGAGCAAUUUGUAGACGCAGAAACCGGGGACGAUUCCUGCAAGAAUUCUCGGGUACCCAACGAUAGAUAA